AUGAGUUUCCCAAACAUGACCCCGCCGAUGGGCGGCAUUGGAGGAGGUCCCAACAUGCAAGGAAUGAGUGAGCAGGAACAGAUGAUGGUCAAGGGUAUGCACGCCGCAAUGGAAUCCUGUCCAUUCAAAACCGUCAUGUCCGGCGGUAUGGGCUUCGCCCUCGGUGGUGUGUUCGGUCUCUUCAUGGCCAGUAUGUCCUACGACUCCCCCCUAACCCCCCAAGGUCGCCAAAUCGCCGACCUCCCCUGGCGCCAACAACUCCGCCAUGGCUUCAAAGACAUGGGCGCACGCUCUUGGUCGUCGGCCAAGAACUUCGGCAUUGUGGGCGCUUUGUAUUCAGGCACCGAGUGUUGUAUUGAAGGGUUGCGGGCGAAAAAUGAUCUUACGAAUAGCGUGAGCGCGGGGUGUAUUACUGGUGGUAUUUUGGGUGCGAAGGCGGGCCCGCAGGCUGCAGCUUGGGGGUGUGCAGGUUUUGCGGCGUUUAGUGCGGCGAUUGAUGCUUAUAUGCGGAUGCCGGGGGAUGAGGAGUGA